AUGACGAUUUUUGUAGAUCACCACCCUCUAACAAUUCCUGUCAUCCACCACCCUCUAACGAUUCAUGUCUUCCACCACCCUCUGACGAUUCCCAUCGUCCACUACCCUCUGACGUUUCCUAUCUUAGACUACCCUCUGACGAUUCCUCUCUUCCGUCACCUUUUGACAAUUACUAUCUUCCACCACUCUCUGACGAUUUCUAUCUACCACCACCCUUUAACAAUUCCCAUCUUCCACCACCCUCUGACGAUUCCUCUCUUCCACCACCCCCUGUGUAUUCCUCUCCUCUGUCACCCUCUGACGAUUCCUCUCUUCCGUCACCCUCUGAAGAUUCCUAUCUACCACCACCCUCUGAGGAUUCCUAUCUACCACCACCCUCCGACGAUUCCUAUCUAUCACCACCCUCCGACGAUUCUUCUCUUCCGCCAGCCUAUGACGACUCCUAUCUACCACCACUCCCUGAGAAUUCCUAUCUACCACCACCCUCUAACGAUUCCUAUCUUCUACUACCCUCUAACGAUUCCUAUCUACCACCACCCUCUAACGAUUCCUCUCUUCCACCACCCUCUGAUGAUUCCUCUCUUCCGACACCCUAUGACGAUUUGUCUCUUCCGUCACCCUCUGAGGAUUCUUAUCUACCACCUACUUCUAACGAUUCGUAUCUACCACAACCCUCUGACGAUUCCUCUCUUCCACUACCCUACUGACGAUUCCUGUCUUCCGUCACCCUCUGACGAUUCCUCUCUUGCACCACCCUCUGACGAUUCCCUCUUCCGACACCCUCUGACGAUUCCUCUCUUCCGUCACCCCCUGAGGAUUCGUAUCUACCACCACCCACUAAGGAUUCCUAUCUGCCACCACCCUCUGACGAUUCCUAUCUUCCACUACCCUCUGACGAUUCCUAUCUACCACCACCCUCUGACGAUUCCUAUCUACCACCACCUUCUAACGAUUCCUGUCUUCGACCACCCCCUGACGAUCCUUAUUUACCACCACCCUCUAACGAUUCCUAUCUUCCACCACCCUCUGGCGAUUAAUAUCUACUAUCAUCCUCUGACGAUUCAUAUCUACCACCGCCUUCUAACAAUUCCCAUCUUCCACUACCCUCUGACGAUACAUUUCUUCUUCUACCCAUUGACGAUUCCUAUCUUUCACCACCCCCUGACGAUUCCACUCUUCCACCACCGUCUGACGAUUCCUCUCUUCCGUCACCCUGUGACGACUCCUAUCUACCACCACCCUCUGACGAUUCCUAUCUACCACCACCCUCUGACGAUCCCUUUCUUUUGUCACCUUCUCACGAUUCCUAUACUCCACCACCUUUAA